AUGACUAAUAAUCCACAUAAAUUAUUCUACAAAGGUAAAGAAACUGAUUUUGUUAUAUUCAUAGAUGAUAGAAAUUUAUAUGCAAAAUAUAAAUCUGGUGAUUCAACAAUUCCAAUAAUUGAUAUAGUUUCGAUUUUCAAAGUUUUUGUUAAUAGAUCAAGAGGAGUAGAAGGUGUUUUAGAUGAAGCUUCAAAUUUAGUCUUAGAAAAUGAAUUUGGUACUAAAAAUGUAGAUGAAGCAAUUAAAAUUAUAUUAAAGAAUGGUGAAGACAAACAUAAUGCUGAAAUUUCGGAAGGUUAUGCGUCUCAUAAUGAUUCAAUUGGAGCUGGAAAUACUGGUAAUUAA